UGCUGCCGUGAGGGCGGCGGGUCCCGGCGCGGGCGGCUGGCUCGGCGCGGGCCCGGCGGGGGAAUGGGUAUCCGGAACGCUGCCCUGGCAAGGGGUGGGAUGUGUGUGGGAUAAGAUCUUUCCAGAAUAAGAAGCAUGGUUCGAGAACGAAAAUGCAUAUUAUGUCACAUCGUGUACAACUCAAAGAAGGAGAUGGAAGAACACAUGAGAAGCAUGCUUCACCACAGAGAGCUUGAAAACCUGAAGGGAAGGGACAGCAACCAUGAAUGCCAGGUGUGCAGGGUGACGCUGGUGGGUUUGUCAGCAUACGCUAAGCACAUCUCCAGCCAGCUGCACAAAGACAAUGUUGAUGCUCAUGGCAGGAAAGAGGAAGAGAAAGAAGAGGCAGAAGAAGAAUACUUUGACAAAGAACUCAUUCAACUCAUCAAGCAAAGGAAAGAACGGAACCGGCAAGCUGAACCAAACUGUGGAAACCAAGAAUUAGAAUGUGAUGAUAGGAGAUCCCAGAGAAGGCGAGAAGAAAGAGCUGCUUACAAAGAAAGAGAAGCUUACGAUCAAUCAACUUGGCGUCAUCAUAACGCAUCACAAAGGGACUGGAAGUGGGACAAGGAGGAUUAUAAUAAUGCUAGACAAGGCAAAUAUUCACACUCUCAGAGGAAUCUUAGUACAAACAGACAUUUAGGUGGCCCAAGGGGGCGCCCUGGGUGGCACCAAAACGUCUCAGGAAGCUCUUUGAGUCGGCAUAGCUAUGGGAAUUCUGGGAGCGUUUGGCACCCGAGCGGGCGGGGAGGAGGAGCACCCAGUUGGCAUCACAGUGCCAGGGACAGAAAUUCUACCUGGCAUUCGGAAGGAACAGCUCAUUUUUCUAGCUGGAAUUCAAAGGGCUAUGGAGGAAACUGGAAAUCUAGUCCCCAUGGUGCAAAUGGCUGGAAUUUUGGAAGCUCAGGAGAUACGUAUUCAGUAGAGCCCGUUAAAUAUAACAAGGAUAGAUACGCGUGGCAACGGCAGGAGAAAGACGACGAUGUUCUGCCAUACAGAGAGCGCAAGAAUAGGAGUGACUCGCUUGAUUUUACUAGUGAUAAACUUCCUUCUGAGGGGGCAUUGGAUUUUGAUAUGUUGAAGCACCCAGAAAGCAAAACUUCAAGAGCCAGUGGGAAAAGUAUCAGUCCUUCCAGAGAUAAAAUGUAUCGCUGGACACCCUACCCGACCCAGAAAGCUGCAGAGCAGCAGCCACGCUCUGAAGAUAACGUUUCUAAAACUCCAGAGAAGAUAGAUCCCCUGUUUAUACCUCUUGCUGAUUCAUCAGUGAAAGGGAAAAGUCAUGAAGCCAAUGUUAGCCUUUCAAAACUUAAAAAACGGGAAGCGACUUCCCCUUCCAAUGUAACCUCAGAUCACCUUGAUUCCUGCAAGGGAAUGGAAGACUGCUGCAGUGGUGAAAAGCCUGACAGAGAUGAUGGCAGAAGUAACAGGAUGCCAUCACUGAAAUCCCCUCUUCUGAAUAUCACAGAUAGGAAGUUAUCUUCCCCAAAGCAAGACACAAACAGUCUCUUGAAAAACGUGAAGCUUCUGUUAUCCUCGACUGGUGGCAAAGAGCAGAAUCAGUUGAAUGCACUGAACUUGGAAACAAACAGUUCAUCCUCUUAUUCAUCGAAGCAGCAUGAUGCAUGUGCUGGUAACUUACAAGAUGACAAAGAUGUGCUUGGUAGCAAUCUUGGAGAGCCUGUUACUGACUCGAGUGAAGCAGAACAAGUCCCCAAAGAUGUCCAGUUCAACCGCUCCUUGCAAAAUGGACCCUUAAGCUCCUGCAAGGACACAGGUGGUCAGAAUAGGGAAGAAAAUGGGAAAGCAGUGCCAAAGAGUGAGUUCAGACAAGGCUCUUUAGAAGAUGUGAGCGAUGAUGAUUUAACAGUAAGUGAGAAGUCAGAAGCAAGAGCUGAAAAGUUGGGUUCUUCUGUUAGUCCUGGUUUACCCCGUGACACUCCAGAAGGUAAACCUGCCACCUCUGAAAAGGAAGAUGAUGAAAAGCCGUCUGCUUCGAGUAUUGCUUCUGCUGAUCUAAAGGAUUCUGCAUUUCAGAUGGAAUCUGCAGUUCCUCCAUCAGACAGUCAGGACCAAUUGCAAGUGGACUUGAAAACCUCACAGGAUGGAGAAGGGGAUGAAGAGCAUGUCAAGUCACACGAUCACUUUGAGAUGGAAGGCUUUGAAAAUCCUUCAGAUCAUGAGCUGCAAAAAGGAGGAAGCCAGUCACUAGGCCUCAUCCUUCCUGAUUUAAGCAAACUUGGCCUCCCUGCCUCUCUGCAAAGAGACCUGACACGACAUAUCAGUCUGAAGAGCAAAGUGGGGACACAUCUUCCAGAACCCAACCUCAAUAGUGCACGGCGCAUUCGCAACGUCAGUGGCCAUCGGAGAAGUGAGAAUGAGAAGGAGUCAGGGCUUAAACCCACCCUCAGGCAGAUUCUUAGUGCUUCCCGGCGAAAUGUAAACUGGGAUCAAGUCAUCCAGCAGGUAACCAAGAAGAAACAGGAGCUUGGCAAAGGUUUACCAAGGUUUGGCAUAGAAAUGGUGCCUCUUGUUCAAAAUGAGCAAGAAGGUCUAGAACUUGGUGAAGAAUCUGAUCUGUCUACACUGGAAGGAUUCCAGUGGGAAGGGAUUUCCUUAACAGUUCCUGGCUCAGCUAGAAAACGUAGCUUUUCUGAAAGCAGUGUCGUUGUAGACAGAAAUCCUUCUGCUUACAGCUUCUUCAAUGAACAAGCUAAAAUAAAAGAAAGUGGGCAAAGGCAAAUAAUUGCAGCCAACCACUCCCAUCACAUAACAUCUGAGUAUGAGGCAAGCGCUGACAUCGAGGCUGACUUGAAGCGGAAGACGUCUUCUCUUCCUCUGUCGCCGUUCAUGGCCGAAAGAACUGAGACUAGUGGAAAGAGUGACGGCCUACAAGCCUCCUCUGAGGUCAAAGGCCUCACAAAGCAAGACCAGGAGAGCCCAGAAAAGAGAACACCACUUCUUGAAAAGCAAAAUGUACUGGAGAUCUCAGAAGAAAAUCGUCCUGCUUCAAAUAAUGCUUCGCUCGCAGUAUCUAAUAACGUGGAUGCAGCCACAGACAGUAGCUGCACGUCUGGCACUGAGCAGAAUGACAGCCAAGGGAUUGGGAAGAAACGAAGGGCAACUGGAGAGGGAUCUUCUCCUGAAAUCCCUAGUCUAGAAAGAAAGAAUAAGAGAAGAAAAAUCAAAGGGAAAAAAGAACGUUCUCAAGUGGACCAGUUACUGGCUAUUUCACUGAGGGAAGAGGAGUUAAGCAAGUCCCUGCACAGUGUGGACAGCAGCCUCUUGCAGGCUCGAGCUGCCCUGCAGGCUGCAUAUGUUGAGGUUCAACGGUUCCUUGUGUUAAAGCAACAGAUAACCAUGGAAAUGAGUACGCUGAGAAGUCAGAGAAUCCAGAUCUUGCAGGGACUGCAAGAAACAUAUGAACCUUCUGAGCUGUCAGAGCAGCUUCCCUGCAGUGUCUUAAGUGAGAGGAGAAAUAGCAAAUCUCAGAUGGCAGCUGAUUUAAUUCCUGCAGACUCCUUCCUGCCCCUUGUGGACAAUUUUUCAUCUUCUGUAUCUCCACUGGGAGCUUCUGUUCAUGUGAACAUGCCCUCAGCAUUCCAGCCCUCUGGCAUCACACGGGCCACUCCCCCUGACUCCUCGGUACAGGUUAAACGGGAACCUGCGUCUCCAAGAGGCUCAGAAGAAAAUGUGAAUUCUGUACUCCAGAGCUCUCCAUGUGCUUCACAAGCAGAAGAGGUGGAGCAGAAAGAUGAAGAGACCAACCAGAAGACUUCAGUGUAUCCAGUUAUCUCUGCAACCAUAUCCCUAUCAGAGCUGGCAGCUUGUUUCCAACACACUAGUCAAGAUGUUCACAAGUCUGCUGCGGACAGGGGAAAGGCUGGACUUCCUGAGAACCCUUCUCCUCAUUCACUGUCUGUUUUCAGCAGGAGAGAUGCAAAUGAUACAGUGACUGAAAGCUUUUUACCAGAUCAGGGUGGUACUUCUCUUUCAAAGCAUUCAGCCCUUCUAGAAAUGCCGGUGGAUAAAUCCCCCAAAUUGUCAGCAGAACCCUCUGUGCAACAGAUGUCAGCCACUGUCAUCCCAGCAGAAAAAGGGAACAGGAGAAGGAGAAAGUUAAGGAAGAAGAAAACUCUGAGGGCAGCCCACGUGCCAGAGAACAGUGAUACAGAGCAGGACAUAAUUGCUACCAAGCCUGUCCGGAAAGGCAAGGGUGGAAAGGUUCCUAAAGGAGACAAAGUUACUACAUCCACUCCUCUAAAACAAGAGGAUGGAGCUACUGCACAAACAGCAAGAAACAAAGAGGAGAACGACAGUGAUGCUUCUCUGAAACUAGUGGAAGUUCCAGCACCCCAGUGUGAGGUGGUUGACGUUGGUUCAUCAGAGUCGGGUGAUGAGAAACCAGACAGCCCGUCAAAGAGGGAUUUGUGCACCUCUGUAGAUCAAGCAGUCCUUGAGGUGUCUUGCUCUGGUUAUGAUGAAGUGAGCUCUACCAGUGAGAUUGGCACAAACUACAGGGAUGAUAGGAAGAGAAGUGUGGCUGAGACACAGACUUCCAUAUCAUCACUAAGAGGAUCAAAGAACUCCUCAGAAGUGUCUUCAGAGCCAGGUGAGGAUGAAGAACCUACAGAGGGAAGCUUUGAGGGACACGUGGCUGCAGUGAACGCUAUUCAGAUUUUUGGCAAUUUGUUGUAUACCUGCUCAGCAGACAAAACUGUUUGUGCCUACAAUCUGGUUAGCAGGAAGUGUGUGGCCAUCUUUGAAGGACAUACUUCAAAAGUGAACUGUCUCCUGGUCACUCAAACAAAUGGGAAGAACGCUGCACUCUACACUGGCUCCAGCGACCACACUAUCAAUUGUUACAAUAUCAAGACCAAAGAGUGCAUGGAACAGUUCAGACUGGAAGAUCGAGUGCUCUGCUUACACAGCCGCUGGCGGAUCCUUUACGCAGGCCUCGCAAAUGGCAGCGUGGUGACUUUCAGCAUCAAGAACAACAAGCAGGUUGAUACCUUUGAAUGCCAUGGCCCCAGAGCAGUGAGCUGUUUGGCUACAGCUCAGGAAGGAGCACGCAAGCUGUUGGUUGUGGGCUCUUACGACUGCACCAUCAGCGUGCGAGAUGCACGGAAUGGGCUCCUUCUCAGAACCCUGGAGGGUCACAGCAAGACUAUACUCUGCAUGAAGGUUGUGAAUGAUCUGGUAUUCAGUGGCUCCAGUGAUCAAUCUGUCCAUGCCCACAACAUUCAUACUGGGGAGCUGGUACGCAUCUAUAAAGGCCAUAACCAUGCAGUAACAGUUGUCAACAUUCUUGGGAAAGUGAUGGUGACAGCAUGCCUGGAUAAAUUUGUCCGUGUCUAUGAGCUGCAGUCUCACGACCGCCUGCAAGUCUAUGGAGGCCACACAGAUAUGAUCAUGUGUAUGACCAUCCAUAAGAGCAUGAUCUACACUGGAUGCUAUGAUGGCAGUGUCAGAGCUGUGAGACUCAACCUGAUGCAGAAUUAUCGUUGCUGGUGGCAUGGUUGUUCACUGAUCUUUGGAGUUGUGGACCACCUGAAACAACACUUGCUAACUGACCACACCAACCCAAAUUUCCAGACCCUAAAAUGUCGUUGGAAGAACUGUGAUGCUUUCUUUACCUCCAGGAAAGGUUCCAAGCAGGAUGCUGUAGGACACAUUGAAAGACAUGCUGAGGAUGACAGCAGGAUUGACACAUGAAGCUUUUCACCUCCCACAUUGGGAAGUAAUUUUAUACGUCUGAAUUAUUCCAAAUACCAUCAACCUCUCACUCCAAUCUUUCCUCUUUCUUUUCUCACUUGGAAUGCAAGAAAUGGAGUGAGGCUGUGAAAUGCCUUACUGCAGAGACUGCAGGUUGUGUUGCAUUCUGUAGAACUAAGGCUGGUCAAUUAAGACUUGGCCCAAAUGGAAGAUUCUUGCAAGGUUUCAGUUCAUUGACAGAUAAGAACAUUGCCUCCUCUUGUCUGCCUUGGGUUUUUGUUGUUUGUUUUUACUGUCUGUUUGGGUUUUGUUGGGUUUUUUUUUUUUUAAGAAGCAUAGGCUGAGUGUCUUUGGAAAAGUCCAGGAGGGUGCUGAGGACUUAGAUCACAGUAGGUGCUGAUGUUUGCAAACUCUGCUUGAAGCCUGUGAAGUGUCUAAGACAUGUCUGUUUUUACAUUGUAUCCAGCUGAUUUUAUUCAAACUCUGCAAACCAGAACAUCACCAAUUCCAGCAGUGUAACCUGAGUAUCCAGGGUACAUUUUGACUUUCUUCAUGAUAAGAAAAGGUAUUUUAUGGAGAACUGGAGUCAAUUAAGUAUUAAAAUGUAAACAGGAACUUUAUUUUUUAUUCCUUGUGUAAAAAUUGCUGGAACUGGCUCAAAAUAGACAGUGACAGACUGCCCUAAAUACUGCUCCUCCCGAGGUGUUUUGUUUAUUUGGAGGAAAUAAGUGAUCUCUUGAGAGAGAUGCCAGUAGCAGCAAACCAGCCAGAACUCUACUCACGUGCUUUUAAGCCUUUAUGUACAGGAAAGAAAUAAGUGAUGUUAGCUUUUGUUUUAGCAGUGGUGAUGCUGAUAUUUAACUAUCUUGAUACAAGACCAUAGCUGGAUUCCUGCUUUUAAUUGGAAUCUUAGUGGCUGAGCUUUGCAGUCCCAUCUCUUUGUGGCAUAGCAAACUAAGAGAAAUGCAAAGGUGCUGCCUGUCUUAAGGGCAUCCACUCAUGUCGUGUUUUGUUUCUGUUGUGAGCUGAUGGAAUUGGCUUUGGCUCUGUCAAGUUCACAAAAGCUCAAGUGGAAAGAAUGGAGCAGGAUUUUAAAGUCUCAAGUUCUCAAGCAGAAGCUGAGGAUACAGAAUUGCAUGUAUUGCAUGGAAAAGUCUUCUUUCUACUAAGUCACAGAAAGGACCACAGAGAAGCCAGUGCAGAGGAGAAAGCUGUUGCUACUUGUCAGGAUUCCUCUGCAGGUGUCUCUUGGGCUGGAAAAUUUAACCCAGUAAGUUCAGUGAAAGGUACUUCUUGCAUUUAUGAUCCUCUCUUCCAUAAUGACACUAAUUUAACAAAGAGCCCUCUUCAACAGUGAGACUAACCUAGCAAGGAGCUUUGUACUCACUUUUGCCUAACUUUGCUGCUCAGGAUGAAAAAAAGAAGUUUCCUUGUACAGAGACAGAAGGCAAAGACAGCUCAGUGUCAAAACUGAGCUGCUUCUCUUAGAAUCCAGCACCCUCUGAAGAAAUGGAACGUGCAGUUUCUACUGGAUGUCUUUUUCACCACUACUGAGGGAGUUGGUAUGCCAACCAUAGACCAAAUAACUUUAUAGCCUCAUUUUUUGACUACAAAGAAGGCAUUUUAGGCCAAGGAUUUGAUUGAGGAAAGCCCAUGGAUGUUCCAUUACCAUCAAAUCAAGGAACUUAAGGGCUUUCUCAGAGCACACUCCUUUUGUAUUGACUUAGCAGGCAAGCAUCAUUUCUCUUUAAUUGCUUGACACUGAUGAUGUUAUUUUGUUUGUAAGAGACAGGAGCAAAAUAGGAAGGAGAUGCAGUGUAGCAUCAUACUUCAAAGCCGUGGGAAUCUCUGAGCUUCCAAUGCCUUUGUGGUGGUUUGAUUGGGGCUUUUUGUUAAGCUGGUUUUGUGGACAGGACAAAGCCCUGAUAUGUGGCUCAGCCCCCAGGCUGUUUUCAGUGUGUGUUUAGUUUGGGUUUUGGGGUGUGUGUUUGUGAUUUUGGUUGUGUUUUCUUUCUUUCUUUCAUUCUUUGGCCUGUGGAUGAAGCAAUUCAAGAGAGAAUCAAGUUGAGGGGAAUCUCUGAGCAAUGUAAAUGUGUUCUGAUGCAGGCUGGGUUGCUCAUUGCUGCGUUGUUUUUUUCAUGACCUAAAAGUCGAAGCUGCAUGAUACUUAAACCAUUUCCAAAAGUUACUGACAGUUAAGAGUUCUCCUGGUUUGUUGGGGUUGUUUUGGAAACACAGUGAGGGAGCAUGUAAAAAUGUGUCAUAAAGGAUGUGAAUGUCUCAAGCUGUCCUUCAUGGACUCUGCUUGAAGUGACAGUGUGUGUAGUGAGAGCAGGCACUGGAGUGAUCGUAGCGUUCUGAGAAGUGGUGUGUGAGUGUAGAUUUUGUUACUUCUUUCUUGUGAUUCUUCACAUUCUUUCAGCAGUUUUCAGGAAGAUCUUUCUCACUGGAUGUUGCAACAAACACAGUUGUUAUACUUGAUUUGCAUUCCUGAUUGCUUUUUGGGUUUAUCUUUUCUAGUUGGAAGUAGAUUUCCUUUUCUUGUAGUCCAUGAUAUUUCCUAAUCUGUCCUUGAAAACAGUCCUCCUGAAAAGUGUGCCCUUCAGAAAUGCAACUCUAGCUUGAGCAGUGGGUGUCUUUUGCUACUUUGUAGGUUGUUUCAGAUAUAAGAAGCUUCCAAAGGAUCAGAGGCAGGAGGGUAGCAGAGCUGCGUGACUGGAAGGGUUUGCUUCUCUAAUUAAAUACAGUUUUUAAGCUGUUCAGAGGAAAAUGCUGUGCUGCUUUGUCCUGAAGAUGCCUUGAAAGGAUUUGCCAUGAAGUUGUUGUGCAGAUGUGGAAAUGCCCAGGCUUCUCUGCAGUUCUGUGGGGAGGUUUCCCAUGUGUUCAGCUGGAACUGGGUGCAGCUUUUGCUAUUGGCUAUUCACUUCUUCCAGAGGCAACUGCAAAAGAGAGAUUCUGAACUAAUGUCUUGCCUGGGUAGCCAUUAAUGAGAUCCUCUUCAGUCUUGCAGCUUAGAGUUUUGACUCCUGAUAUGCCUCUGGUCAAAGGGUGUGAUAACUAUGAGAAGGCAGACUGUGAAACUUAACAGAGUAGUAUUUGCAUGAAGAGCAGUGCCAUACAUCUGUUUCAGGACUGUCUUUUUGUUUUCAGUUUGCUUUUUAUGCAAGUAAAAAGCUGUGGGUGAAAGAGUGAGGGUUUAUUUUGUGGUUAGCUGUGUUGAUUUUAUUAGUCAAAUGUUAAAUAAUGAGCCCUGGACUUAGAAUAGACUGACUACAUCUGGCAGGCUCUUUGAGGGCCAAGCCACCAUUCUCCUCUUAGCAGGGCUGCUGUUUUGCCUGUUAAGCUCUGAGCCUCUUCAGUGGUCAGAAAACUCUCAGAACCACUGUAUAGUUUUGUGACACAAAGAAUGGGCCAGGAGCUACUGAGACCAGUUACAUCAUCCCCUUCAAAAGCGUGACAACUUGUGCCAUAGGCAUACCAAGCCCUCCUUGAGUUCCAAAAGGAGGGUGUGUGAGUAGCAUAAAAUGAUCACUUAAAUUCACACUGGCUGCAAAGCUUAACCUUCCCCAACCCUGAGAGCCUUGCAUGCAUUGGAUGAUAAGAUAAUCCUAAGAUUGGUCUAUGUUCCUCGCUCCUUUCUCUUUCAACCCACAGGACAAAAUAACAGCUAACUGGCAGGGCAAAACACCCUGUGGCUUGAGGCUACUGCUUCUGUACGUGGAAGGGGCUGGAAGGAGAAUUGCUGCAUAUGUUGGUUCAUUGAAUAUCCCAGCUUCUGCUUGCCCUGUCUCUUACUUGUGGAUUGCAGAGUUACAACAUGUUAUUAGUGCCUGAGCUGACUGCUGCAAGACAGCAGGAGUUUGGCUGUGCAGUGUGUUUGAAGCAGUGCAGCUCAAUGCACAUUUUCAAACUGUACAACACCACUAGACUGAGGUAAAUGCUAACUGAAAACUCCCAGUAAACUACAGGUUCCCAGAAACAAAACUGUGACAUUGGUAAGGUCUUUUUUUCCCUUCCUUUGGAAUAAAACAUGGGUACAUAUAAGUCUUGGUUUUCAUGCUUGGAUGGUACUGUCAUUCAAUCUUGGUUGUCCAGAGCUGCAGAGUAUGUGAGGUAGGAUAAGGAAACGGUUUCAGCAACUGUUUAACAGUGAAAGAGCAAACUGUGUAGGUAUAUAUUGUGUUAUAUGCACCUGCCAGCUUCUCCAGUUUAACUUUACUGUAAGUGUUAAACGGUCUUCUUGAAGAAUGGAAAUGGAAUAGGACAACAUGAUUGAAAACUGCAUCAUUGAGCUGUGUAGAACAUGAGCACGGAUUGACCUCUGUUUUCCUUCUCUCACUUCGGUACAGAGCUGUGAUAGCAAAACUUCACACAGCAAAAGGAGAAAAAAUAUGAGAAAAAGAAAUAAAAGUCCUUUAUAUUGUU